GGAUGGAGGGAGGUGGUGAGGAUGAGGAGGACGAAGAUGGGGAUGACCUUGCUGAGAGGCUUGGGAGUAUUGAUAUUGAAUCCGCAUCGGCUUCAGAUAUUUGGAAUGCUCUGACACCAGAAGAGCGAAAAGAUUUCAUGAAUAAGUUCCGAGAUCCUACUUCUACGUCUGCACAAGAGUUCCUUCGUAGCGCAGGACUUGAGGCUGAUAUUAUUCUACCAUGGUGGCUGGCCCCUGAUGUACCUCUAGACGAGGACGUGCGGACUAGUAGAACCCAGAAGUACGGGGAACGGCCAAAAAUGGAGAUCAUACCCGAUGCUCUCCUCAGCCGUACAUCGGGCCCACAUACGGGACCUCCGUUAUUGUACAAUAUAUGCGCUGUUUUUAUUGCAUACGCAUACGUCACCCGACAUCUGGGAAUCUCUCCGCUUUCUGCAUUGAGAGAUGAAGAUGAAAAGAGUUCGGCUCGUCAACUUAUGCGCGAAUUGGCACCAUUCCUUGUUGAUAAACGGUCGACAACGCUUUUCGUUUCAAUGGACGACGUCGUCACGGAUUCGUGGCAGAGACUAGUUGGGAGCCAAAAGACAGGCAGAACAUCUUUCGUCGUGUUGUUACGAGAUGCUGCCCGACUCCUCGCUCCUCGACGAGUAACGGUGGUCGAGUCCUCAAUCACACGAAGUUCUAGCGGCUUGGAGGAGACACCUCAGCGAGACGCGCUGCUAGCUCUUUCAGACUUGAUUACGUUGUUUACAAUACGAGGCGGAGUGGCUAAGGAGACGCCAGCGUCACAUAAAUUGCGCUUUUACGCUGCACUGAUUGCAUCUCUCCCUGCGCAACUCCUUGCUGCUUUCAGCGCAGAGGUUUCAGCUCGAGCACGAUCUGUGGAAGUGGAGGGACAACAGUUUGUUCAGGCUAGCGAGGAUCCAUCGUCCGAGUUAAGGACUUCUGCCUCUAAGGAACGCGUGAGGACCAAGCCACGGCCUGUCAUAGAAGAGCUGUAAAGAACGGAUUAGGAAAGCGCAUUUAAUUUCAAAAGUUCUUCACUUUAUUAGUUGUUAACGACCUUGCAGUCCAAAGGCACCAUAUUUUUCCCCGCCAAUGAUACUGCUAUUAUACAACACAUCAAUGCAUAUAAAAAUGUACAAAUACACGAAGAAUACCAGCUU